AUCCUUAACAACUUUGAAAAGCACCUCAUGGGGACAGUGUGGUAGUGUUCUUUGCUGUGGUUUGAUGUAGGCUUCUCAGAAGUGCCCUGAAGUCAUGAACUAGCUGCAGCUUCGUCCUGUUUUGAAUGUUCGACUCCUUUUUAUGUCUUUCUUUAGAUCACGUUCAGGCAGCCAUCGCCCAGCUGGAGCUGUUGGGUGCCCUUGAAAACAAGGAUGGCCAGCUCACCCUGACUCCAAUAGGAAGAAAGAUGGCGGCUUUCCCGUUAGAACCCAAAUUUGCCAAAACCAUCCUACUGUCCCCCAAAUUUCACUGCACGGAGGAGAUACUGACCAUCAUCUCCCUGCUGUCAGUGGACAGCGUUCUCUACAACGCCCCCUCCCGGCGGGAUGAAGUGCAGGCUGUGCGGAAGAAGUUCAUGUCCAGCGAGGGCGAUCACAUCACCCUGCUGAACAUCUACCGGGCCUUCAAGAACACAGGCGGAAACAAGGUAGGUCUUGUCUUGUUCCCCUUCUCAAACGAUGCCUCCUUUUGGCCCUGUGAAUGGCAGAUGUCGUUUCAGAAAUGUCUGUGCACAGGGAGGUUACCCGGGAAGGCAUGAUUCCCGUCUUUCCCUCUGCUUAUGUUUAACUCAUAGCUAACGAUGGCAAGUUCGUUAAGUAUUUGUUGACCCAGUUUCUUAGCUACAAAAUGAUUUGUUUCCCCACCUGCCCCUAACUUUCUUCAUAGCAGAUUUUGCUUGUAUUUCAGUUCCCUGGACCAAGAUGGAAAAUGGCAGUAUUUUCUUUCACUUAUCAAUAA